GUUACCGUCAGCCAGCAACAGUCCGAUCGACUAUCCACAGGAUGAUUCGUCUCCCUGAGCGUGCUAACCUCACUCGUUAUCGAGGAUUGUGCCAUGUUCUCCGAGGCCUCGCAGCGGACAGUCAGGCGCUCAUCUUUGCGAACACCACCAAGGAGGCUCUUGCUAUUGCCCGGCACCCUGCAGUGGAAGGUCUCGGGGUGAAACCUUUACAUUCGGAAAUGCCCCAAAGUCAACGUGACUGGUUGCUCAACUCUUUCCGUGGUAGAAGGAUUCGCUUUCUGGUCACGACAGACUUACUCAGUCGCGGGAUAGACCUACCAGGGCUCCAGUACGUCAUCCUCUUCCGACCACCUGAAGACCCCACAGCGUAUGUGCACAGGGCCGGGCGAACGGGAAGGGCCGGUGACGAGGGCGAGGUCAUUACAUUGUAUGAUAAGAGUGAUUGGCCUAUGAUGCAAAAGAUCAUGGAAACGACCAAACAGAAUUUCGAGAACAGCAGUCUUCCGACGGAAGAAGAGCUGAGAUCGCACGCGUAUGCAGCUGUCGCGACGGAAAUCUUGUCGGUUCCAUCCAAUUCCUGGAAGUGUCUUGAAGCGAUCGCCAGAGACUUGGUGACCGAAGGCAAGGCACGGGAAGUUCUAGCACGAGUGGUAUCGCUGUUGAACACAGACGCUCAGCUGCAACCGAAAAAAAGCAAGGUUUCGCUUUAUUCCGGGGUGCCGGACUUCACCGCGGUCCUCAUAUCUGAUUUUGACCACACUCUCUAUCCCUCAGUGGAGGCUCUACAGUCACGUGUGCCAUGUCCCCUCGAGAGGGUGAGGAAAGCUGAGGCUGGCUGGGUUGCUGAUGUUGCGAACUCCAAUGUGGAUUACUUGAUGAAGUCUGGUGUUGUGGAA